CAAAAAAGUUUCUUCGGAUUCACAAACCUUCGCAUCUCAUCUCUCAAACUCCUAACAUUCAACAUGAAGUGUGACGCCGUUAUCGAGAAAAUCAAGGCCCGUGUUGCCGGAAUUGAUGCUAACGGACCCCGCAAGGUGCUCGGAGUGUUCCAGCUGAACAUCAAGGCUGCCGAUGGAGUGCACGAAAUCGUUGUCGAUCUGAAGAACCUUAAGGUCAGUGAUGGAAAGGCUUCCGGCGCUGAUGUGGUGAUCAAUCUGAGCGAUGAGGACUUCAUUGCCAUCGGAACCAAGGCAAUCUCGGUGCACGAUGCCGUAACGCAGGGCAAGGUCAACAUGACCGGAGACGAAGCUCUCUUCCAGGCCCUGGUCGAUGCAAUCUAGAUGAUCGUAUGGAGACCGCGUAUCACGGGUCAAUGUGUACUCGGAGAAUUGACUACGGAAUAUCUCGAACGGGAAUGGACUUAUGGGUAUUAUAAUAAUCGAUAUUCAAUAAAACUGAUUAUUUAAGAUUCAAAAA